AUGAAUACAGAAAUCUAAUGUCUAUAUCAUGAACUUCCUAUCAUUUUACUUGAUAUUGAUCCAAGCAUACCUUUAAAUAAAAAAGCUUGUUGUUAAGAAUGCUACUCAUUAUAGCCGAUUAGUAUUAAUCAGGCAAAAUAAAAUAGAAAGCAUUAAGUGAAUGAAUAUAAACAAUAUAUUUAAGAAUUUGAAAAAAAAUUUUUCUCGUAAACAAAGUUUAUAAGUUAAGAAAUUUAGAGUCUUCAAAAAGAAUUAAACAAAUUAAUCCAAUAAAAUUUAGAAUAAUUAUAAGGGAUAAUAAGUUUGAUUAACAAAAAUUUAGAAUCAAUAAUACAGGAUGAUAAUUUAGAAUCGCUUUUGGGAUUAUAAAAUAUGGCUUAUUAGAUUGCGAAUCCAAUUGCUAUUAAAGAACACAUUUUAGAAAUAGAAAAUAUAUUUCGAGCGUAUGGAUUUGAGGAAACAACAAAAAUUAUGAAGAAUUUUAUUAAUUCACUAGAAAACUCAAAAUCUAACAAUAAAUCAGGUCCAAUCUUUGUAGGCAAUAUAAAGAGCAAGAAAUAGAAUUUUUGUAAUCAAUUAUUUAAAGAGGAUUUUUAAUUUAUAAAUACUUUUAGCUUUUUGAAUAAUGAUGAAAUAGUAAAGGAAAUAAAUCUAAGAGACUAGAGUUUGAACAAUAUAACUUAGAUUAGUUAUUUUAUUAAUUUUGAAAAUAUGAUGUAAAUAUCUAAUAAUCUUAAAUUCUUAAAUGAAUUUCCAUUAGUGUAUUUAAAGAAAUAUAUUCAAGUAGUCGUAGUAGACGUAAAAGAUUCAUAAGGGAAAUCAAUGGCUUAGUUAAAGGAUGAAAUAACAAAAUUGAUUUCUUAAAACUAUUAUGAUAUUAUAUUCAUUCAUACAGAGAAGCAAUAAUAAGGGAAACUUAAUGAUAUCGACAAAUUAAAAAAAUUAGAAUAAAAACCUUAAUAUUGUUAUAUAGAAAACAUUAAUUAAAUUUAAAAAAUUAAAAUUUUUUCAAUCUUGCUAGGUUAAGGAAAUUAAGUAUUUUAAAAUGCUUAUUAUUAAUAACUUAAAAAAAUAUUUACUUCCGAAUUAAAUAAAAUAACAGUCAAUGUAUAAAGGUUUAUUAAUAAUGAUAAUAUUUGGUCUAAUAUGAAAAUUGGUGAGGAUUAUUAACUAUUAAUUCAAUUAUUAACAACAAUUAAAAUCAAAACUUAACAAGUAAUUAAAUAAGUAGAAGAAAAUUAUAAAGAUUGUUUUAAUGAAAUAUACUCAUUACAAAUUUAUUAAUAAAAUCCAUAUUUAAUAUAAAUCUUAUUGCAAAAUAUUAAGAUCACUCAAUUAAUUGAAUUAUUUGAUAUAGUUUAUGAAAAAAUAAAAGGUCUCCAGUUUUCAUUUUUAAAUGAGAUUAAAGAAUGUCCAUCUUGUCAUUUAACAUGGCUUCGUGUAUCUGGAGCAGAAGGUUAAACACCAUGUGGAUAAUAUCCAGAAUAGGAAUAUCUCUUUUGUUAGGGAGGGGAAGAAUGUAAUUAUGAUAUCGAAAUAAAUGAUGAAGGAAUAAAAUUUAAAUUGGUAAAUAAAUACCCCCUUUAAUUUAAUUAUUCAAAAAAUAUACAUUAAAAGAAAGCUAAAGGAUGUCAUAGCAUGUUCAAAUGGAACAAUUUGCCACCGAUAUCAGAUGAUUAAAAAAAAGAAUUGAUUAAUCCAGGAUUGAAGGACUUUUUUUAAAAUUAUUGA